GGGGCGGGGCGCGGGGCGGGGUCGCGGGCCGGGCCGGCCUCCCCCGCCCUGGCCAUGGCGGCCAAAGUGGACCUGACCACCUCCACCGACUGGAAGGGGGCGAAAUCUUUCCUGAAGGGCCUGAGUGACAAGCAGCGAGAGGAGCACUACUUCUGCCGAGACUUCGUCAGACUGAAGAAAAUCCCCACCUGGAAAGAGACCGCAAAAGGGGUGCAGGCCAAGGUGGAAGAGCCCAAGUACAAGAAGGACAAACAACUGAAUGAGAAAAUCUCUCUCCUUCGAGGUGACAUCACCAAGCUGGAGGUGGACGCCAUCGUCAAUGCAGCCAACAGCUCCCUCCUGGGCGGUGGUGGAGUGGACGGCUGCAUCCACCGGGCGGCGGGGCCGCUGCUGACCGAGGAGUGCCGCACCCUCAACAGCUGUGACACCGGCAAGGCCAAGAUCACCGGAGGCUACCGCCUGCCAGCCAAAUAUGUCAUCCACACGGUGGGGCCCAUCGCCCAGGGGGAGCCCAGUCCCAGCCAGGCCCAGGAGCUCCGCAGCUGCUACCUCAACAGUCUGCAACUGGUGCUGGAGAACCGGCUCCGCUCCGUGGCUUUCCCCUGCAUCUCCACCGGCGUCUUUGGUUACCCCAACGAGGCGGCCGCAAAGGUGGUGCUCACCGCCCUUCGGGAGUGGCUGGAGGAGCACAAGGACAAGGUGGAGCGGCUGGUGCUGUGUGUGUUCCUGGAGAAGGAUGAGGAGAUCUACCGCCAGCAGCUGCCCCACUUCUUCCCGGCAGACUCGCCAAGGCUGCAAUCCCAGCUCUGAAGCCACGCACGACGACAUACAGAGCAGUCAGAGCCAGCAUGGAGGUUCAAACCGCCCCUUCGAAUGUGGGGGGGGGCCCCGCCUUUCCUGACUUAAAUGUAAGCAUGUGGCCUUCCCAAUUAAAAAAUUCAGCUUGCUGAC